GUGACAACUUAACAAUGCUAAAAGUUAGGUUGGUACUUGUCAAAUACUUGUGACGUAGCACAUUAAAUCAGAGUUCUCUCUGUUAGGUACUCCCGCAGUCGGUGAGGGGGACCCAAAUAUUUUUGUCGAAUUUUGUAAUUUCCAGAUCCGAAAAUGGGUUUCGUCAAGGUGGUGAAAAAUAAGGCAUACUUCAAAAGAUUCCAAGUCAAGUUCAGGAGGAGACGCGAGGGAAGAACCGAUUACUAUGCUAGGAAACGUCUCGUCGUACAGGUUAAGAACAAAUACAACACGCCUAAAUACCGUCUCAUCGUACGUUUCUCCAACAAAGACAUCACGUGUCAGAUAGCGUACGCCCGCAUCGAGGGAGACAAGAUCCUCUGCGCAGCUUAUGCCCAUGAGCUGCCACGCUACGGAAUCAAGGUUGGCCUGACCAAUUAUGCCGCUGCUUACAGCACUGGUCUGCUCCUGGCUAGGAGACUGCUCAACAAGUUGAACCUGGAUAGCCUUUACAAGGGUUUGGAGGAAGUUACUGGCGAUGAAUACAACGUAGAGCCCAAUGACGAGGGACCUGGUGCCUUCCGUUGUUACCUGGACGUCGGUCUUGUCCGCACUACCACUGGAGCUCGCGUAUUCGGAGCCAUGAAGGGUGCCGUCGAUGGUGGACUGAACAUUCCUCACAGUGUGAAGCGCUUCCCAGGCUACAGCGCUGAGAGCAAAGAACUGGACGCUGAAGUUCACAGAAAACACAUCAUGGGCAUUCACGUCGCUGAAUACAUGCGCAGCCUUGCCGAGGAAGACGACGAGGCUUUCAAGAAGCAGUUCUCUAAGUACAUCAAGCUUGGCAUCCAAGCUGACAACAUCGAAGCUAUUUACAAGAAGGCACACGCCGCCAUCCGUGCCGACCCGACCAAGCCGGAGGCCAAGAAGAAGGACCUGAAGAAGCCUAUCAAGAGGUGGAACCGCGCCAAGAUGACCAGACUGGAGCGCAAGAACCGCGUCACUCAGAAGAAGGAAGCUUACCUCAAGAAGCUGGCCGAGGGUGGUGGAGAUUAAUCUUGCGUUCCUUAAGAACCUGGCCAAGGGUGAAGCAAAUCCUUUCACAAUUCAUUGUAACUGUGAAACUGCCCUUAAUAAAAUGCGAACGUUUCCAACAACGUUUGGUUUUUGGA